CAGAGUACACUGUACACAGUACACUAGUGAGCUAGUACACGAACAAAAAAAUAUUUAUUGAAGUUUAUUUUAGUUUGAAGUAACAUUGAAUUUAUUUACAUAAAUUUGUUUAUCAAUAUUUAACAAAUUUAUUUUAUCUAUUAACGAUGGGUAAAAGAUUUGAAACAAUUGCUGCAACAGCUUGUAUGACAACUCUUUUGAUGCUUUUUAAUUUUAUUUUUUGGUGUACGGGAAUAUCAAUGUUAUGUGUUGGAAUAUUAAUGCGUAUACAACUACGAGAUUACGUUGAUAUGAGUGUUGAAGGAAGUGGUGCAGCAUUGCUAGGACUGGCAUGUUUAGGAGCUCUUGUAGUACUUGCAGCAACUCUUGCCUGUUGCUGUACAGCAAGAGGACAUCCGGCUUUAUUGUAUCUUUAUGGCGGAUUUUUAGCUGUUGUGGCAUUAUUGGAACUAGGUGCGGGUGCAUCUGUUUAUGCUUAUCGCACAACAUUGACUGAGGGCUUCGAUCAGGGUUUAAAUGAUAGUCUGGCUGUUUAUGGAAUCGAUAAAGCGAAGAGCAGUCAUAUUGAUGUUAUGCAAACAACUCUUCAUUGCUGUGGAAAUCGAGCUUAUACUGAUUGGCUUGAUAUGAAGCCUCCGAAGAAAAUACCCAAGUCAUGCUGCAAAUCUGACAACGAAUGUAACGUUGAUGACGUCAAUGACAUUUAUAAUGAGGGUUGCUACAGUCGGAUGAUUGACUUUAUUAACAGUAACAUUGGUCUUGUAGCCGGAAGUGCUGUUGGCGUAGCUUUCUUCCCAUUAAUUGGAGUAUUUUUGGCUUGUUGUCUCGCAAGCAAUAUUAAUAAAGCUAAGUAUGAGCAAGUGGCUUAAUCAAAUUAAUUAUUUGUUUCCAACUUUAUCAAGAUAACUAAUUAUUUUAUCAUAAUUUAUUUACAACACUGUCGUUUUACACAAUAUCAAUUACAAUUGACAAGUAUUGAACAACUUACUCUUAUUAUUAUUACUACACAAUAAUUUAUUAAUACAUUUUUUUUUGAAUGCUCUAUCGAUUGAUAACUAUCUAUAAAAUUUUUAUUAAAAGAUAUCGUUGAAAUUAUAUUACAUUAUAUAUAUGUAUUGGAUUAUAAAAUAUAUAUACAAUAACUGUGAACUUACUAACGAUUAUAAGAUGAAUACACGGAGAAAAUAUUCUUGUUAUUAAUGCGAUGGUGUCAUAAUAAAGCCGGACCAUGUUGGCUACCUGAUGAAAAUUAAAUUGAACACAUGCAAAAAUUACUGUGGCCGUAGUAAAAUUGACAACGAUUAUAUUACAAGUUACUUUGACCAUUGUAAAUUUUACUAUGGUCACAGUAAUUUGUGCAUGUGUUUAUCCCAAUUUUUGUAUGUGACCAACAUGGUCCGGCUUUACCAUAUGACAUCACAGGCUUUCAAACAGGAGUAAUUUUUCCGUGCAGGGCAAGUUAAAAGUUUAUCCAAGAUAUGAUUAUUCUAAGAAAAGUGCUAAAUGUUAAAAUUAUAUAUAUAUGUAUUACUGUUUAUUUAUAAAUAUUAGGAAAGGUCUCAACAAAGUAAGUUGCGUUGAGAAAAUGAUGAUCUUAAAGUAGGGAAAAAGUGCCUUUAUUGUAAUAAAGGAAAAUUGUAAGACAAGACUAUAUUUCACAUUAUAUAAAAAAAAAAAAACAGGGAAAAUUACGUUAAAAAAAAUUUUAAGAGAUGAAAUGUACGGUACCUAAUUAUUGCAAUGUAGUCUAGUAGUCUCCUGUUACAGUUACAAAAAUUUUCUGUAGAUGACAGUGUAAUCGCUACUAUAUAAAUACACAGAAAAAAACUGAAGGAAGAAGAAUUUACUUGAGGCAAGAAUGUCAUUAUGAAAAAAAUUUUUUGGUUCAAGAACAUCUUUUUCUUAAAAUGAAUACUAUUGAUUCAAGAAAACAUCUCUUCGAUUGAUGAGUUUAAAUUCUUUAACCAAGUAUAAUUUUGUUACGCUGCGGUACUAGUUCUCUUACAUUUUUGUCUGUGUAGGAUUAUUUUAAAUAUUAGGAUUUUUUGACUAGAGAAAGUUAUAGCAAUACUACUUCCGUGUAUGAAAAUAAAUAUCUUAUACUUCAAUCAGUGAGAGUUUGAAUUUGUAACAGAUUUUAUUUUGAACACUGUAUAGUUUUUGAUAUUAUAGCCCCCCUUCUUUUAUACAAUAAAGGCAUUUUUUCUCUACAUUUUUAAAAAUAUUAAAAAAAAUAUAAUUUUGAAAAUAAGAAUUUUCAGAAAACUUAAAAUCUUUAUUUCCAUUGACUUUUUACGUCAAAUAAAAAAUAUAAUACAAAUUUUUUAAGCCUAUUAAAAAUUUUA